AUGAUCAAUUAAAAAAAAAACGCUUUGAAUCUUGUAAUUGCAUCCAUGAUAAUAUUGCUUGGAUGCAGUUAAGCCUUUGCUUCUAAAGUUACUCUACCUUUGAAGUAGUAUGAAGAUGGUGCUAUUUACUUUUAAGUAAAGUAUGGGCCUUAAAAAUGCGAAAUGGAUAUCUUCCCUGUAUUCAGCGAAGAUUGCUAUAACAUUAUUUCUAAUCCCUCACACUAGACUGACGUUUGUGGAGCUAAAUAUAUCGGAGAUGAUAGUUUCUCUAAAAAUCCUAAUUACUCUACUGAAUUCGAUUUAGGAAAUAUUAAGACAAAUCUUAAAUUCGUUACCUCAAACUAUUAUGACUAAGUCGGAAAAAGAUAACUCUGCUUUUCUUUCUAGAGGUUUAAAUAAGACAAUUUAAUUGUUGAAUUAUUUGAAAAUAAAGUUAUUUAGAAUCAAAUAACUUACGUUAACUUGAACAGUACUACUUUGUAGAACGUUGGAGAUGCAGUUGUUGGAACUAUUGAUAUUGGAGAACCAGAUGCAUCUUUGAUUAAAUAAGGUGCCUCUUUCAUUGAAUUAGCAGUCUACUCCAUUCCUGAUAGUCUAUAUUACAGCGCUUACUGCUAAGGUGCUUUAUACUCUGACUAACCACUAGGAGUAUAUGUUUAUGCUCAUUUUAAUUUAGACUCUCCCUUCACUUAACUACCUAGUGAUUCUGUAAAUCAAAUCCUUAAAGUAUUUGACUAAAAGAAUAUUAAAUACAGAACUGAAUAAAUUAUCAUUUCAAAGCCUGCUGACAUCUUUUUACCAUCUGUUGAUUAAAUAGAGCCUUUAUACAUUUACCUCAAAAACAGAUAUGGAAAAAUUUACACUGUUACACUAUAACCCUACUAGCUUUAUAGAUAAUUACCCAGUGGUGAAUACUAGUUAUUAAUUUAAUAACAAUUAGGCCAUCUUAACUAUAUCUAAUUCGGUAGUACUGUUUUUGACACUUAUUACAUUGGUUUUGAUUUUUAGAAUGAAUCAGUUCAAAUAGUAGAAAAAGCUCAAAAACAAAAAUCAUCAAGCUUUAGAGGCUCUUACAUUGUCUAAUGA